AUGAGGUCUCUGACGGUUCUUUCCGAUGCUAGCAUACUAGGAAAUGCUUCUCUCAUUCUCAAGAAGUUGGGAAGCAAGAACUUUGGAAUCCAUCUCUUGGUUCUUGCUUGGACUGCUAUGAUACUCCUUAUGACUACGAGUUCACUGCCUCGCCACCACUCAGAAAGAGAGGUGUUGGAGUCUCCUAAUUCUACUGAUUCUGAAAUCCACCUGCAAACGCCAACUAAUCCUGAAAUCCACAAACGUCAUGAAUUUGUUCUGCAAAAUACCAAUACAAUCGACGGUCCGUACAUAUAUGCAACGUUCAGUCCUACAGCCGGCCUGGGAAAUCGUUUUCCGAAUAUAGUCAAUGGGCUGGUUUUGGCGCUACUCACAAAUCGAACUCUCUUCCUGGACCUUCCAGAUGUCAUGACAUCCGUGUGGAGCUUUGGUCUGGAUUUUAGGAUCGGAAAUCGGACAUGGCCAACUGAUCCAGUUCGAAUCAUGAUCGAUGGAAAUCAUGGCCUGUUCUCAGUCGCUGUAACGGAGGACUUGUCCGAAUAUUAUGAUGAUCCAAAGAAAGGAGGCGUUAGAACUUGGGAUAUCAGUGGAAUAGACUACUUUUUACCAUUCUGGCAGGCCAAUCCGAAUUAUCGUCAAAGGCUCGAGGACAUGUUUCCUGAUGGUCGGGUUGCUUACCACGUCUUGCGAAAAACUGUGUCUCUGAACACUGAACUACAAGGUUUCCUAUCAAACUUUACGGCGACUCGUUUUCGGCCUUAUAUGGUUGGAAUUCACGUCAGAUCCCGAAAAUUAAAUGAUAUCGCAUCCAUGAGAACAUAUGCUAUGAUAGCUCGAGAGCUCGGAACUGCGUCAGGUGUCGCCCCAACUGAUGUUGGCUUCUAUCUGGCCACUGAUAAUCAAACCACGAAGGAAGAGUUAAAGAAUUGGCUGGGGCAACGAGCGACUUACCUACCAGUAAACUUUAGCAAUAAGAAUAGCGCCAACAAUCCUGGUGGAUCAGAUGAAGAUGCUGCACUGGACUUCAUGAGUUUGGCUUCUUGUGACGUGGCAGUCACCACCUUCGCCUCCAGUUUUGGUCAAUGGGCGGCUGCAAUGAAGGGCACUCCUUACGUGACAAUAGGUCUAGGACUCAAGGAUUACGAUGAUCCGAGAAGAACCACAUUUUGGCACAGCAUCAGAGCAGAGCCGUGCUGCUUCAAUGUCAAAGGAUUUGUAGGGAAUCCUGAAGCUGGAUCUUAUGAUAUAGCUGCAGUAGAGGCUGAGUACAGAAUCGCUCUUGCCAACGGCGAUCUCAAAGCAAUCGACGAUAAGCGGAAGCAUCGGGCAGUUUCCUUGUUACUGGCGUCGAAAUCAUUCUACCAUCACUCGCAAUGUCACCCAUAG